UUUCGCAAAACUCGGGAAAUUUUUAUAGAAAUUGAUUGUUCAAAGUUUGAGUUGUGCUAGUUUUCAAAUCAUGAGUUGUGCUACUUAUGACGAGAAAUUUCAACAGUGCUAUACUCUUCGUAGGGAGCGACGAUAUGUGCUAUAACGCGGAUGGUAGUCGGGAAAAUGGGGUCUAUUAUAAUGCUAAUAAGUAUUAUUUUUUUAUAUCCUUUCGUUUAGUGAAAGUAUUAAAAAUGAUUAAUUUCUGAGGCAUUAGCAUUUUCCUCACUACCAUCUACAUGGUAGCACCUAUUGGGAGUUUAAACUUGGUUCGCGCGCUUGAAGAUUAACAAAGAUGGCGGCCAGAAAGUCUCCGAUAUACACAGGGCUCUUAUGGAGCUUCAUUAAAAAAUGUAGAAAUAUAAACUUUUAUACGAUAAAAAAUCUUGUCAGCGGCUUUACACACCAUGUGAAUAGAGUGAGGCUACACCGUCGUCAAGAAACAUGAUAGAAGGCCAGAACGUUAUAAAUUCUGGCAUGAUUAACAUGUUUGGUGCUCCGUAAAAGCUCCAGAAAAAAAUUGAGCUGUAUUCAUUAGUUUUACAAACAAGUACUUUGAAAUCUAAGCCUUAUCUGGUCACAGGUAUAUUGUUACUAAAAUGAAAACGAUACAAAUGCGCAGGAGAGCAUUUAACUAUGCAAUGUGAUAAUUCAAGUAAUUCUACACGUAUCAAUUGUUUCUUCAGCAAUUCUAAAUAUAAGACAAAGUUUGAGGUUAAUCAUAUGGCCAAUGACACAGAGAAAUGUGCAAUAUUAAAAAGUAAGAUAAACAGAUACAUAGAUAUGACUGAUUAUCCUAUGAGACCUACUAUAUCUAAAUACUUAGGUAAGGUAGAAAUCCACAAAGAAACCACUACGGCAAUUAAAUCGCCAAGUAAGCUUCUGAAGAAUUCGCAACUAUAAGCACUAGUGCACCAAUACUACCUUUAAGGACAAAAACGCAACGAGAUAAAUAAUGGAGCAACACAUCGACCUCAUUGAAGAGCUACAAAAGGAAGUAUUACAGGAAGAAAUAUCAUAUCCUGAUCUGAAAACUCUUAAUAAGAAUUUAUACAAAAAUGACAGUUAUAUCUUACAUCUAAAUAUCAGAAGUCUAAAUGCCAAUUUUAAUAAAUUGGAAAUUUUUAUUAAGAGUUUGAAGAUUAAACCUAGCAUAAUAGUAUGUACAGAAACGUGGAAGAUGUUUAAUUGCCAAAUUUUUACACUAAAAGGUUAUAAAUUGUAUUACAAUAAUGGUAAAAUAAAUCAAAAUGAUGGGGUAGUAGUUUAUAUACAGGAUGGUAUAUCAGAAACAACAGAAGUGAUAGAAAUAGAUGCCAUGAUCUCUCUUCUCUAGAAAAAAAAAUCUUAAAAAUCACUUAAUCAUUGGUGACUUUAACAUAGAUAUUAUGAAAGAAGAUAAUUAUAGCCAAGAACUAUUAAAUAACAUGUUAAAAAAGGGUUUUGCCCCAGGAUUUAGACACACAACAAGACCUAAGAACGGUAGUGGAAGCGGAACAUGCAUUGACAAUAUCUAUAUAAAAACUAAAUCUAUUGACACUAAAUCAUUCAAACUUAUGAUCCCAUUUACCGACCAUUACCCAAUCUUCUUAAAGCUUGAUAAACCACCUGAACCAAAACAGAGAUUGUUCGCCAUUAUUAUAAUUACACUAAACUACAGAGGAUAACUAGCAGUAAAAAUUGGUAUAUCAUAGAAACAAUGCAUGAUCCCAACUCCGCUACAGCCUACUUAAUAAACGAAAUACAGGAUUGCUUAGAAAAAUCUAAAAGUCUGAUUAAUAUGAAAAUAAGUAAAAAAAACUCAUUUAGCAAAAAUAUUAGAAAAAAUAAUAUAUAACAGAUUCCAAUCUUUCUUUGACAAAUUUAAUCUACUAGCCAAAAAUCAAUAUGGUUUUAGAAAAAAUAUAGGGACCAAAGAUGCUCUAAAUUAUAUCACGAACAUAAUUUACAGUAAACUAGACAAAAGCAAACCAAUAGCAAUUACCUUUCUAGAUCUGGUUAAAGUUUUUGAUACGGUCAAUCAUGCUAUUUUACUUGACAAAUUGUAUAACUACGGUAUAAGGGGUAAAGCGCAGAAAAUAAUAACUAGUUACUUAUGUAAUAGAAAACAAAACGUAAGAAUAGGAACAGCGGACAGCCGUUAUGAGACAGUAAUUACGGGAGUACCACAAGGGACAAUUCUUGGUCCACUUUUAUUUCCAAUAUAUGUCAAUGACCUACUUGUAGAUAGGACUGAAAGUACAAUCUCAUAUGCUGAUGAUACAGCUAUUUAUACAACUGAUGGUUCUUGGACCAAAGUCGAAAAUAAAAUGAAUAUGUACCUAGAGGAUAUAUCUACUUGGUUGUUGCUUAAUAAAUUAUCUCUUAAUAUAAGUAAAACUGUAUAUAUGACAGUCGGUAAUUACUGUGUUCCAAAAAAGAAUGAUAUAAAAAUAUUUAUAAUGAACUGAACAGAGUUGAACAGUAUAAGUAUCUGGGUAUUAAUUUUGAUUUCAAUU